AUGCAUUUAAAUAGACAACAGUUGAAGAGUCUUCAUAAUUAUCAAUACGUGGGUGUUGAUAAUUCUUUAUUAUCUCGACAUGUUUUGAAGCCGUACUGGUGGAACCAGUUGCUCAAAGUGAUCCCAAUGUGGAUGGCCCCUAAUCUGAUUACCUUGACGGGAUUGGGAUUUGUCACCGUGAAUGUCAUAACCAUGCUUGUGUACAAGUAUGGAUACGGAAUGGAAGGGUACCCUGGCUGGGUGUAUGCGUCUUGGGCUGUGGGGUUGUUUUUGUAUCAAAGUUUUGAUGCAAUUGAUGGAUCGCAGGCGCGUCGUACCAACAGUUCCUCUCCACUUGGGCAACUGUUUGACCAUGGUGUGGAUGCCAUCAACACGAGUUUGGAAGUUUGGCUGACCACAGAGUUAUUUCAGCUGAGCAUUCCCUUGGCCAUCAUUACUCAAUGUGCUAGCUUGUUAUACUUUUAUGCUUCUACGUGGGAGGAAUACCACACGGGCGUCCUGUAUCUGUCUUACUUCUCUGGUCCCGUGGAAGGCAUCUUGAUGGUUUGUGUAUUGUUUGGUAUGACUUCCUAUACCGGCAGUGUAUUUUGGACUAAACUUCAUCCCACCCCCGAGUCUUUUGGAACCCUUCGUUCUAUAAUUCCUUAUUACACCUAUGGCUCUUGUAUGUUUAACCUUAUGGGGGUUGGUUUGUUUUUGAAUAUAUACCAAAGUAUUCGGAAUACAACGCGUACUUUGAAAGAGCAAAAGAAGUGCGUUUGCAAGGGCUUGUUUGGACUUUCUCCCUAUCUUGCACAGUGGGCCGCCGUCUUUUUGCUUUAUGCCAAAUAUCCCAACUUUUUUGAGGAACAGUUUAUCGCAAUUUAUUUAUUAAAUGCCAUACUAUUGGCCUAUUCUGUUGGUAUCGUUAUUGUCUCCCAUGUGACCGAAUCUUCCUUCCCUUACUGGAAUGUUUUGAUUUUGCCUUUCAUGGUGAACGCUCUGGAUGCCUAUACGUUUGGAAUCCUCGAGGGCCAUCAAAAGGAAUACUUGUUUGCGUAUUUCGGUUUUGGUCUAGGGAUCUAUGGGAACUUUGUUGCCCAUGUAAUAUCAUCCAUCACCGAAGAGUAUGGCAUUUCCUGCCUACGCCUUCGCCCCAAACCAGAUGAAAAGAAAAACUAA